AUGGCCCCUGCAUCCAAAAAGUCGCUUGUGGCAGUACUUUCUGCUCAGCGACAUCGUCCACCUAAAAAGUUCCUGUCGUCCUUGAUCACCGAUGUUUACGAUAAGGUGAAAUCUCACACUGACCUCGACAACCUCCAAGAAGCAUAUCUCCGGAUCGUGGCCUGGAAGUUCUUCCACGCCGAUGUGACCAACAACCAUGUUGAAUUGAUCCUUGCGAUUGUUUUCUAUUCUUCAGUGGUUGGCAGGAGCCGGAACCAAUGGACUCUUUUGUCCCUGGAUAGUGAAAAACUCAAUACCUUGCUACAGCGAGUUUUACAGACCACAUUGAACGCCUUGGACGAGCUGAUCGUGGACCUUGAAUACUUGAGCUAUCUAUUUUUGAGUGUUGUUCUACGCAAUGCUCCAGAGUCCUUGUUGAAGCAUGAGCUUUUCGAUAGAUGGUUGGACUCUGUACUAGAUAGUUACACGGAACACUUCUUGAGUGGGGAGUUCUCUGUGACAAGCGCUAAAACAGCAUCCGCUUUGGUUUAUCUUCUUGGUGUUGCACGAGCUGAAAAAGUCGAUGCUAUUACUGAAGCAGUUGACUCAAAAUGCUUCCUUUCAGUUUUUGCCAAUUGCGAGGAUCCCCAACUCAAACAUCUAAUUGACAUUCAGUCAGACGAUCCAAGCUUUUCUCAAUUUUCAAAGCUUCAGGAGAAAGCGAGGGAUCUAGGGUUUGGCCUUCUAGGAGAUUGUCUACUGCCGUAUGACCUAAAGAGGUCAGACUUGGUGGAAAGUCUUGUGGACUUGGAUAUCGAGAAACUUAAGCAACUUGCUACAGUGGCAGGCUACGAAGGUGAAACUGAAGAUCUGGACUUUCUUGCAGAUGUGAUCAUUCGCAAUGCUGUUCCUCAAUUGAAAGAACAAUCCAUUUCAGAGCUUGAACUUUUUGAUUUGUUCAAUCACACACCCACGCUCGGUCUACAGAUUCCCUCAUACUUUGCAUCAGACGAUCAUUUGAAAACCUGGAAAGUUGAAUUAUUCUCCUCCAUCAACCGCCAUCUCCAUCAGUGUCUCCAGAGACUCAAUAUCACCAAAGACGGUAUCCAAGGAACAAGCAAGUACUACUCGACUGUGGAGAAAUCCGAAGACAAGGGCUCGGAUUUGGAGCUUUCCUUACUGUCCGGAAAAAAGGAUGUUCGUCAGGGCGACUAUGUUGUUCUUCUUCACCUUGAAAAACCUGUGAAGCAUGAGCAUUUCUCCCGAGUGUGCAAGUACGGACUAAUCAAAGCUAGACUUGUUGAAGUCAAAGCAGUAUCACAUAAGACGUUGACUGUGAGUCUUGCAGAGGAGAAUCGUCCUUACAACGGACUCAUCACAAUGCCUUCUCUCCAGAAUGUCCGCUUGUUACCUUCACUUGAGAAGUCAAAUAUUAAUUUGUUGAAAAGCAAGACAGCGGAGAGACUCUGGAAGGUUGAAGGCAUACACGAAAGCUUCACCACUUCUAAUAAAAAGAGGAAGAAGGAAAACGAGAAUCUGACGAUCAUCGAAUACAAAGCAUCAAAAUUUGAGAUAUUGGAUUCAGACAAGAAACUUUCUGAAGACCACUCUCAGGCUCUUCUAGAAAUGCUUUCAUCCCUGGUAUCAUACAUAAAGUGUCUCCCCCAUUCAGGAGGUGAUACCUUGGUCAGGACAUUCCUCGAGACUAUCUACCUCAAUCAAGGCGUGUCAGAUCGCUGUCUUGUCAUUCUUCCAACAAACUUUCAUCUUGAAAGGUUUACCAUUACAGAUCGUUUGCUUCCAGUGACAUACAAAUGUGGAGACAUUCACAGUACUCGUUCUAAGGCAGAUGAGCUUCUUCGACAUGUUGGUGAACUAGCGAAACACCUCCAACUAGAGGAGUUUGAUUUCACGUCCUCCUUGAGGAACGCUAUUGUAUUCUAUGAUUCCCAAAUCAAACCUCGUUGGGAUGAGUAUCUCAAGACAUUAAAAGAAACCAUCCCCUCGGUUUCGAAGUACCCCUUUGCAUCGCUUCAGUUUGAGAAGGACACUCCAGUUAAGGAGGCUCUAGAUGCUGCCGUGAAGCAUUAUCAUCACAUCAAGGAUACUUUUGCACAGAUUCAGCGUCUACUUCCCUUGGAUAAGGCAGACAUCGAAAGAUACCCGGAUGAUGCAGAAAAAGCGAUAAGUUCGUUGCAUCCAUUUGUGGUCUGUUCUUCUGAUUCAGUUCACCUAGUGGGAAAUAACUACAAGCAUGUCAUCUCCUUCGUUGGAGCAGAGACUGAAGCCGUUGUAUCACAGGAUACAGAGAAGGUUGUGUUCCUUGGAGAAACAAGUUUACUUAAUUUGCAACCCCUGGUAUCACUUGAAGAGCUGAACACCGUGAGACCCGAAAUUGCCCGUUUGGUGGGAAGACAAACCACAGCUGAACCUUCUUACAAUCCCGGAUUACAAAAGACCACGAUGAUGAUCAAAGUUCCUUCAUCAGAGAAACAGGUCAAUGUUGAUGAAGCUACAUUCAUUGUCGGCCUUUAUCAGUUCAUGCGGCUUUUGGGAUAUCGCCAUGAGGACAUAAGUCUUGUGGUGACAUCACCCUACAUGAAGCUUCUUGUGGAAGAGAUACUCGAAGGUAAAGAAGUACGCAAAGGAAGCCGUCCAAACACUUCUUCAUUUGAGUUUGGUUGGCCUGUUAUCCAGCUUGCAUCUGAGCCAUUGGCUCCGUCAAAAUAUGUGCUUUUUUCCACACAUGGCGACCUCAGCUUCAAGGAUUUCAAGAAAGCCGUUACCAGUUCAUCCCUUGGCUUCUAUGCUUUUGGUAGCCUUGUUAUACCGCCUUUUGACAAACCAUCCACUUUGGGCAUCUACACUGGUGCCAAUCUUCUUGAGAACACCGAUGAUAGAGAAACCGGUCAGAAGCACCAUAUCAUAGAUGAUUCCGAACAUAUGGCAAGUUACGUGGAUCAGAUAUUACAGGCUAAAAAGGCACAAGAAACCCAGAAUUCCAGUGCAUAA